AUGGGCGGCCGCAGCCCCCUCGCUGCCGCCGGGCCCCGCAGCGCCGCUGUCCUGGUGCUGCUGCUGGGGCGCCUCGCUCUCUGCCUCGCCGUGGAGGGAAAGAAAGUUUGUCAAGGGACAAAUAACAAGCUGACCCAACUGGGACAUGUGGAAGACCAUUUCACCAGCCUGCAGAGGAUGUACAACAAUUGCGAGGUGGUACUCAGCAACCUGGAGAUUACUUACGUGGAGCACAAUCGUGACCUCUCUUUCCUGAAGACAAUACAGGAGGUUGCAGGCUACGUGCUCAUCGCACUUAACAUGGUGGAUGUCAUUCCCCUUGAAAACCUCCAGAUCAUCCGAGGCAACGUGCUGUAUGACAACUCUUACGCCCUGGCAGUUUUAUCCAACUACCACAUGAAUAAAACCCAGGGACUCCAACAGCUGCCAAUGAAGCGGCUUUCAGAAAUUCUCAAUGGAGGUGUUAAAAUCAGCAACAACCCCAAACUGUGCAACAUGGACACUGUUCUUUGGAAUGACAUCAUUGACACAGGCAAGAAGCCUCCCACAGUGCUUGAAUUUGCGAGCAACCUGUCCUCUUGUCCUAAAUGCCAUCAGAACUGCACAGAAGACCACUGUUGGGGCCCUGGUGAACAAAACUGCCAGACAUUAACAAAAGUCAUCUGUGCUCAGCAGUGCUCUGGUCGCUGCAGGGGAAAGGUGCCCAGCGACUGCUGCCACAACCAGUGUGCCGCAGGGUGCACCGGGCCUCGGGAGAGUGACUGCCUGGCAUGUCGCAAGUUUCGGGAUGAUGCUACGUGCAAGGAUACAUGUCCCCCAUUGGUCCUGUAUAACCCCACCACUUACCAGAUGGAUGUGAACCCUGAAGGAAAGUACAGCUUUGGAGCCACUUGUGUGAAGGAAUGUCCACACAACUACGUGGUGACAGACCACGGCUCCUGCGUUCGCUCGUGCAACGCUGAUACUUAUGAAGUGGAAGAAAAUGGUGUUCGGAAGUGUAAAAAGUGUGAUGGGCUAUGCAGCAAAGUGUGCAAUGGCAUUGGAAUAGGUGAACUCAAAGGGAUCCUCUCCAUAAAUGCAACGAAUAUUGACUCCUUCAGAAACUGUACCAAGAUCAAUGGAGACGUCAGCAUUCUCCCAGUUGCAUUUCUAGGUGAUGCCUUCACAAAGACCCUGCCUUUGGAUCCCAAGAAGCUGGAUGUCUUCAAAACAGUCAAAGAAAUAUCAGGAUUUUUAUUGAUUCAGGCCUGGCCUGAGAAUGCUACUGAUCUCUAUGCUUUUGAAAAUCUGGAGAUUAUACGAGGCAGAACAAAGCAACAUGGCCAGUAUUCCCUUGCAGUUGUUAACUUGAAGAUACAGUCCCUAGGGCUGCGCUCCCUCAAGGAAAUAAGUGAUGGAGAUGUUGCCAUUAUGAGGAACAAGAACCUCUGCUAUGCUGACACCAUGGACUGGCGCAGCCUCUUUGCAACUGAGAGCCAGAAAACGAAGAUUUUACAGAACAGAGAUAAAAAUGAGUGUGCUGCUGCCAAGCAUGUUUGUGACCCCCUGUGCUCAGACGUAGGCUGCUGGGGCCCUGGGCCCUUCCACUGCUUCUCCUGCAGGUUUUUUGAUCGUCAGAAAGAAUGUGUGAAACAAUGCAACAUCCUGCAAGGGGAGCCAAGAGAGUUUGAAAAGGACUCCAAGUGCCUCCCUUGCCACCCUGAGUGCCUGGUGCAAAACUCUACCAUGUACAAUGCCACCUGCACUGGACCUGGCCCUGACAAUUGCAUGAAGUGUGCCCAUUUUAUAGAUGGCCCCCACUGUGUGAAAUCCUGCCCAGCAGGGGUUCUGGGCGAGAAUGACACCCUCGUCUGGAAAUAUGCCGAUGGGAAUAACGUUUGCCAGCUCUGCCAUCCAAAUUGCACCCGGGGGUGCAAAGGGCCAGGUCUUGAAGGCUGUCCAAAUGGCUCCAAGAUCCCCUCCAUCGCAGCCGGUGUUGUCGGAGGCCUGCUGUGCCUGGUGGUGGUGGGCCUGGGCAUCGGCCUGUACCUGCGCCGACGCCACAUUGUCAGGAAGCGGACCCUGCGCCGGCUGCUGCAGGAGAGGGAGCUUGUUGAACCACUGACACCCAGUGGGGAGGCACCAAACCAGGCUCAUCUGAGAAUUUUAAAAGAAACCGAAUUUAAAAAGGUCAAAGUUUUAGGCUCUGGAGCUUUUGGCACUGUUUAUAAGGGACUUUGGAUCCCAGAAGGAGAGAAGGUUAAAAUUCCUGUGGCUAUUAAAGAGUUGAGAGAGGCUACAUCACCAAAAGCCAACAAGGAAAUACUUGAUGAAGCUUAUGUGAUGGCUAGUGUUGACAAUCCUCAUGUGUGUCGCUUGUUGGGAAUCUGCCUCACUUCAACUGUUCAGCUCAUCACACAGCUGAUGCCUUACGGCUGCCUCCUGGAUUACAUCCGAGAGCACAAGGACAACAUCGGCUCUCAGUACCUCCUCAACUGGUGUGUGCAGAUUGCAAAGGGAAUGAACUAUCUGGAGGAACGGCGGCUGGUGCACCGUGACCUUGCUGCCAGGAAUGUCCUUGUGAAGACUCCUCAACAUGUGAAAAUCACGGACUUUGGGCUGGCAAAGCUGCUCGGUGCAGAUGAGAAGGAAUAUCAUGCUGAGGGAGGCAAGGUUCCUAUUAAAUGGAUGGCAUUGGAGUCAAUUUUGCACCGGAUUUACACUCAUCAAAGUGAUGUCUGGAGUUAUGGUGUGACAGUUUGGGAGCUGAUGACAUUUGGGUCCAAGCCAUAUGAAGGGAUCCCUGCCAGUGAGAUCUCCUCUGUCCUGGAGAAGGGCGAGCGUUUGCCGCAGCCCCCCAUCUGUACCAUCGACGUGUACAUGAUCAUGGUCAAAUGCUGGAUGAUCGAUGCAGACAGCCGUCCCAAGUUUCGUGAGCUGAUAGCUGAAUUCUCAAAAAUGGCCCGUGACCCUCCACGCUAUCUUGUUAUACAGGGAGAUGAUAGGAUGCACCUGCCCAGCCCUACAGACUCCAAGUUUUAUCGCACCCUGAUGGAGGAGGAGGACAUGGAAGAUAUAGUGGAUGCGGAUGAGUACCUCGUGCCACACCAGGGCUUUUUCAACAGCCCUUCAACAUCUCGCACUCCUCUCUUGAGUUCAUUGAGUGCAACCAGCAACAACUCUGCUACAACCUGCAUUGACAGGAACGGGCAGGGACACCCUGUGCGGGAAGACAGCUUUGUCCAGAGGUAUAGCUCAGACCCAACAGGUGCUUUCUUGGAGGACAGCAUAGAUGACAGCUUCCUACCAGCCCCAGAGUAUGUAAACCAAUUGGUGCCCAAGAAAGCAACUGCCUCAGUAGUCCAGAAUCCAAUCUACAACUUCUCUCUCACAGCAAACUCAAAGGUCCCCACAGACUCCAGCUACCAGAAUUCACACAGCACAGCUGUGGACAACCCCGAGUAUCUCAACACUAACCAGUCUCCCCUGGCCAAGACAGUCUUUGAGAGCUCUCCCUACUGGAUCCAGGCGGGCAACCACCAAAUAAAUCUGGACAAUCCUGACUAUCAGCAGGACUUCUUACCGAAGGAAACCAAACCUAAUGGUCUCUUGAAAGUUCCCGCAGCAGAAAACCCAGAGUACUUGAGGGUAGCGGCACCAAAAAGUGAAUACAUUGAAGCCUCAGCAUGACCAUAGAGAAUUUCUUCUUGCAGUAAGGCAAGCUGGAUAAGUGAACUGUUGGCUGCUGCAAGAGUGGACUCUGGCUCAGAGCAAGUGGCAACUGCAGUGCAUCAAAAAGCACCUCUGCUUUUCAGCAUGGGGCUUUGAAACUGCAAAGCCUGCCUGUCUGAUGGUAGUUUGGGCCUUUCCUUGCCCAUUUCCAUGUAAUAACUGAGGCCCAUAGGCUGCACUUGGAUUUUGGGAUGGAGCAGGAUAUUCCUGGACUGAAGAAAUAUGGAUGCAUUCCUUUCAUUUUCAAAUGGUAGCAUGGUAAAAAGCCACUCUGGGAUGAACUUGAGAGCUGUACACAUUGUACAGUCAAAUUCCUUUCUACAUUCUGUAUUUUUAUAAAUGUUUCUAACAGAAUUUUUGGAUCUUUUGGAUCUUUUACAAGAUCAGAUGCUUGUACUGCUCGUCUGCUAAGUGUUGCUCAGAUCACCAGCAGGAAAAAGAAUUAUGUUCCAAAUCUCCUGGAACUGAAACUGUUAUUCCAAACCACCUGAUUUUUACAAAUUGGUUCCAUAUACUGCCUUUUGGCCCAAAGGUGAGAAGUGCAUCUGAGGGACGUAUGGGCAGUUCUGCCCCAGGCAGUAUGGAGUGGAUUGGUCUGGGGAAAACUAGCACAAGAAGCAAAAUGGCACAAUGCAUCACCUGCUGACCACUAUUGCUACAAACUGACAAGCGGAACAUGCCUCCAAGUCACCUAUAUGAUUAUAAAGUGCUCACUAGUCUGUUUUCUGAUGGUCAAACCCAAAACUUUUUUUUGUUCUGAUCCCAUAUGCAGCUGUCAAGUUGUCAAAAUGCCUUUCUUCUUCAACAAAACUGUUAAAAGAUGUUGCCAUAACUGAAAAAUGAAGUGUCAGAUAAUGUUUAACAGACUUCAGUUAAAUGUCAAGGAAAUGCAAAGAAUGGCAAAUUGGAGCACUCACGAGACAGACUGAAUUAAACUUGAUUAAGGCAAGAAACACAGGUAGCUCUAGCCAAGCAGCUUUAUUUCCCUUUUUAGAGGGGCUGAAAGCAGAAAUAAUUUUUCCUUAUAUAUUUGGCAAAUAAAAGGGGUAUCUAAGUAGUACACUUCACUCACUUCAAGACAAAAUAUGGCCAGCUGUUUUCCUGUGCUGCAGCAGAGGCUGGGGCUGGUUACAUGUCCUUUUGGGGUUACUGUCCUGGCAAUGCCGAAGGAGCAGUGAGAAUGAAUUAAGGAAAGAAGGAAUAAUCUGGAAUGAUGGAAAAUACUAUCUUCCUCUUCUGAAGCACAGGGUUGCCUACUGCUUCUCUGAACUAUGCAGCAUCAUCUUCUGGUUAUUAGUGUGUGUAGGCAGGCAAGGCAAGGCUAAGAUUUUGGCUUGACGGUAUAAAUCAGCCACAGCAGCAAAAGAAGCUACUCUUUCCAGUGACCCAUAAAAUUAUUCCAUCACUAACAUUUCUUAUGAAGGUAGGAGGAGUAAAGUGCCUGAAGUGUGAAUUUAGUCAGUCCUUUAGAUGCAUCCCACCAGCAGCUUGGCAGUGCUAUUUUAAUCAAACCACUAGAUCAGAAAGAAAAUUCUCAUUUGGGCACAAAGGCCCUUAACUAGUUGAAUGUUGGUAAAUUGCUUGAGGGUAGCAUAAGCAGCUAACUGAGAGAGGAUCUGUAGUCUAUAUUAAGUAGCAAGAAACAGUCAAAUUUAUUCUACUGCUGUGUUUUGAAUACAUCAUUAUGUGUUUCAGUUUAAGUACUGUAUCUGAAGUCCAGGAUCAAGCAGCAAAUUCUUAGAGCACUGUUUUUACAGAUUUACUAGCAAAGGAGACCUUCAGUCAUGUGAAAUGAUCCCUUUUUAAAUUAACAUGCAUUAGCAAUUUGUAUGUGUACAGCUCAUGGGCCCCACUACAGUAUAGGGUGAAGUGGCAUGUUGGGUCAGAAUCCGGAGAUUGUUCUGUUUGGUAGAUGUGUCUCACCAUGCCCAAGUCCCAGACACAGCAGUGUGGAAGAUGCAAUGUUUGACUUGGAUUAUCAGUGGUUUAUACUUAAAACAGUAACCAAAAUUCAGUUCCCACGUCCAAUUAGCAGCAGAUUUCUCCUUGCAUUCCUGGGAGCAGAUUUGUUGUGUUGCUCUCACAAGUGUGCAACAUGUGCGCACAGGCAGCGCUGCUUUUCCCCACCCACUGCCCUGGCAAAAAUGUACAUAAAACUAAAAAAAGAUCUUAACAGAAUUCACAGAUAACUUUUCAAUUUGCUGAAUCUAUUAUGUCUCCAAGCAGAACACCAGAAAAUCACAUAGUGCAUAUUCUCCCACAGAAUCUUUCAAACACUACUGCUCAAAGGAAUUUGCUGAUUUUAAUCUCUUUAAUCUGUUAGCUAAAACCAGAAAGCCACUGAGAAACAGCAAUCUGUAUCACAGCAUUAUGUAGCAUGAAUAGAGGUUAACAUUUGCCCUUUUAAAACAACUCAGGAGUUUCUAGCAAUUCAUUGCUAGAAACAAGGAGUUUCAUCUAAAAAUUAAGUAAUCUAAGUUUGAAAGAAUAUCUCUCUUGGAAUGUGAUGUUUUUGAUGAAAAAAGUAGGAAAUAGAAUGUAGGACCAAAAACUGUUGAUACAAAUGUAGAUUCCAGGUUGGUGAAAUCAACAAAUUGUGAAGUAUUUCUGGUAGAUUGGCAUCCUGUAAGCCAUGAUUUGUAAGUUUGCAGCUCAGUAAUGAUUCAAAAGCCAGCAAAAAAAUAUAAACUAGGUAGUGCCUGCAGAGGCAGAUAGAGUGGCACUGGGAGUAGAUGGGACUGUGCAGCUACUGGCUGUGGCUGGAAGCACACAUGUUAUGCAGGGUGAUGCUCACAGGGUAACAGACAAUAGCAAUAUGCCAAAUAAUUUCCACUAGGAUUUAAAAAAAAAACAAAACCAAAAAAACACAACACAAACAAAAACAACAAAAAAAGACACCACCCCAAACCAAUCACCCAACAGGUAAGCAGGAAAAAUGUCCUGGUUUUCCCAUUGCAGCUCACUGCACAUUAAACAGCAAGGAGACCCCAGCAGAUCGUCGUAGGUGCUCAUACAGGAGAAUACGGUUUAGCAGCAUAAAUCAACAUCCAGAAAUAACUUGAAAGGUCAGCUGGAGGUGUGGGUAGGAAAAGCUGAUUUUAAAGACACAGAUAAAUAGGGGAAUGUAGCAUUCCGAAGCCUCUUCUGAAAGCUAACAAUCUUACCACUUAAGAUAAAAUUUCCCUUUUUACUGUAUUUCUCAUGGAAGGCAAAUUUAAACAAGUUCGUCCUUAGCGUCUAUCAUAAAGCAGUAGUUAUUACAGAACUCCUUUUGCAAUAAUAAUUUAGGACUUUUAAUAACUUCUAAGUGUAUGAAAACGUAAGAGUCUUCAUCUUACUUUGAUGUUUUCCAGUGAUUGUGUGCAGAGUCAGCAGACUUGAUUUCAUUGUGGGCCUUGAGUUGUUUUCUGCUGCAAAGGGAGUUGAUCUGGGACAUUUUCUCCAUGUUGCAAUUGAUGUUGUCGAGUAAAUUCAUCCAGAUGCCAGAGGCUUGCUUUUGUUCCCAGCUGAUAGUCAACACUGAAAUUACGCUUUUUUAGAGAGAGCGGCCAGAACUAGAUGGUGGUUUCUAGAAUGCCUCAGGGUGAUGCCCCAUCCCACCAACCUCACCACAACUUGAAGCCUGCCCUAGCAUUAGAAAAUGUGGUCUUGUGGUUUAUUUGAAAGGAAGGGGCUUGUAUAGGGAGCAUAAUGCCAGGGAAGGGCUGUAGCUGAUCAAUCCAUACCUUAGACAGCUGCUGAGUUUGCACAGGGACAUCACUGAGGCCACUGACUGUUCCUGCAGGUACAGGUGCUAGUCCUGUACCUGCAGGACUAUCCUGUCCCUGAUCCCAGCUUGAUGUGAAGGGGGGUUGCAGAGAUUGCUUGUGUGAAAACCAAUGUACAUGGCAUUCAUGCUGCGGGGGGUAUCUCUUCUUUACCUGGGGGACAUAGUCGGGGUUACAACAAUGUCAGGACCCCAAACAGCUUGAAGAAGUAUCACAAGGUGCCUGGGGUGUUCUUGGUCUGUCUGCGGGUGCUCCAGAGUGCCAAGAAGAAACUUUGCAUUUCCAGACAAGCGCUCAUUUUUCACAUUCAGGGUUGAACAUUUUCUGCUAGUAUGACCACUGCCUCUCAAAUGAGCAGUUACAGUACUCUGGCCAUUGUUUGCCCCAAAGUUUCUCUAUGAGAAAACACUUGAAUCAGGACAAAGUAUGAAAAUGUACCUGUGUCCUCCUUCUUGGUGGAAACUGUGUAUUUGUGAAAUGUCAGACUCUGUGUAUAACACUUAGCAAGAGCAACAUUUUGUAAUGUUUUAUCACCACUGGUUCAAAUUUUUAUAUUGGGAUCCCAUUUUCUAGCUUUCUUCUUAUAAGUGUUCCCUCUUGGUUCUGACAUACAACCUUCAAGGAGCCUUUUUAAAUAAUAAAAUAAUAGAAAAAAAAAAAGUUUAUACAAAAGAAAAACUUGACACUUCAAGUAGCUUGUCAAAUGGGCUGCAUUAGGACCAAAGAUGUAACGUCUUGUUUUCUCGCUUUAAAGGAGUAAGACAAUAGAUCACCACUCCCACAGUCUGUUUUUUAGAGAAGAGCUACAGAGCUCCACCCUUCAUUGGGGCAGGGUCAGACCUCCACUGAGCCAAGAGUUUAGCUGGAGGGUGAGGCCUGCCAUAGAAAACCAAACGGAUAUCAGGACCAUGUAUCACUUCAGUGCCAAACCUAAAACCUCUACUCUGUAUUGCACUUAAUGCAGUAUCUAAACAGAGACACAGCCAAGAAAAAAAGAAGCAAAUUCAUGUUAUUUUGGAAUAUGAGGAAAAAAUACGAUGAAGAUGAGACAUGAUGAAAUAACUUUUUUGUGUGAGGAAGUGUGUAGGCAGGCAGUGAGACUAUAAAACAGUAACACUUUUGGUUAUGUAUUACUUUAAUUAUGCAGGGGAGUUGAAAUCACAGAGCUUCCAUGAUAUGCUUUGCUUUCUGCCAUGUCUCCUGCCUGCAUUUGAUGUCUGGUGUUAAGCAGAUCACCACCUCUACUACCAUGGCCAUGUGGACUGAGAAUUACGGGUUGGUGCAACCCCUGUUUCUUAUUCAGGGAGAGAAAAGUGCAGUCAUAGUUGGCUCUACCAAAGGUAGUGGUCAAAUGAAUCCCUCAACAGCAUCCAAAAAUGGGUUUCCCAAGGGAAGAAAUUGGCAAUGGAAGACCUGCCUGGCAAAAGACACAGCACUUGUUGCACUGAUGAAGUCAGCAGUCAGAAGGCUGAACACCUUCAGCCAAGAUUUAGGGCUGGUGGUUCAUCAACUUUUCUGUCAUCUUCUAACAUGGUACAGUUGGGGCUGUCUGGAUGUGCAGCAGCACAAGUCCUAUGGUCUCUUUCUAUCUCUCACUUUGAAGAAAUAGAUUCUUCUAAUCAAUAAGGUGAAAACCAGAAAUCAAAAAUGCCUCUAACCACUGAACUGGUAGAAGGUGUUCCUACACAGCCAAUACAGUACAUCAUUUCCAGUCAGGCUGGAAUUUAUCCAGACUCUUCUCCUUACUUCCCACCAGCUAGCUUGAGAGUGUGCAUCCGCAACCACCAUUAAUGUUAUCCUCAUAUUUUAUUAAAGGGAAUCAUCAAAGUAGUUGUCUACAAUGGUAGGAGGUUUGGCUCAUAUACCUUGUUGCUUUUUUUAUCUACAUUCCUAAAAGUGUUCUUGAAAUUAAUGGGAUGUUUAAAUUGAUUACACUGAGAGUAUAAAAAAAGGCUAAUGUUGAGUGAUUUUUUAAAAUCCCUCACAGUAAUCAGAGAUCCUAUGGAUCCAAUGCCCAUUUUAGGCUGCUUUAUAUCGAUGCAAUCAACUGAAUAUAAGGUAUGAUGACUUGGUUUUAAUAAACUGUCAAGCAAUAUAUCCAUAGAUACAGAUGGUACCCUCACAGCAUUGUAAAGUUACUCAACUAUGAAAGCACUAUUUGUAAAAUAAGACUCUUGACUUUUAUACGGUUUAAUGGUUUAUACUGUUGAUCAAAGAUUGUUUGUAUAUGAGUGAUAAAAAAAUGAGGUGUAUAUUAUUCUUUUUAAUUGUUUUUAAUUUUUGGAGGACUUUUAUUGUAAUAUACUGUUGUAUUUGGGGGGAACAAAAAGCAGUGGCUAGCUUAUAGCUUGUAGCCAGAGGAGAACUCACUGUAAGGUUUCCUUAUUGAUGGACUUGGAUUUUUUUUUUUUUUUUUUUCUGGUAAAGUUUGUCACCUUGGGGAUUUAUCCAGAGCUUAGUGAAGCUAGUAACAGCACACUUUCCUCUCUUCAAGACUCUGUCUCUCUGCAUGCACAGUGCUGGAGUUUCAUAAUGUGAGCAAUAAUAUAGGCAAGCCAUGUGACCAAUGGAAGUGCAAUAUGACAGCCCAGGUGCUGCUUAUCAGGGCCCUAGAAAAAGCUGCUCUUUUAUGUGUCAGGUUCCCACUUCACUUCCAUGACAAGGGCAGAAGCAGAGUGAAAGCAAUCCCUCAAAAGCUGAUCCCUGUGGCAUAUGAAGCUGUAGCGUUGGCUAUUUCCAAAGUGCAUAGCUAAGGCAAAAUAAAGUCUCAACCAGAGUCACACUGAUGACUUAAACUGUUGUACUAUACUAGGUGGGAAGAGAAAUUCUGUUAGCAAAAGCAGCCCCAGUGUACCUCAAGUAUGGGUGUUUAUUAUCCAACUGGUGGAACAUGUGGCAGACAAAGAUUAAAGAAAUUGCAGGGUCUUCAACCUAACAGAGCAAUAUACACUGCAUUGGCAAGACAGUAAAGAAGAGAGGACCUGGAACUGUCAGUAUGCAUUCAGCCUGGAUAGGUCCCAGGUAUCACAAUUAGUAAAUGAAAUAAUUUUUGUCUUUAUAGAUGAAUUUUCUACACAGGAAAAAAAAAAGCCACAUCAGCACCUUUCUUGUUUUCAUCUUUCCAUCCAGUCCCUUCCAGUAUGUAGGCUGCAUGUUCUACCAGCUCAACCUAUUUUAUGCAGAAAUUACGUAGUCUUAAUCUUCAUAUUACUGGUUCUCAGAAAUGUCUAAUGAGUAUUAA